GAUACGGCUUUAUACAUCUAUAAAAUGCAUCGAUCCAACUUGCAAAGGUAGCUCCAAUAAAACCAUUUCAGUUCGAGUUGUCUCUAAUUGAUCUAAGUUUCACAUCCCGUGAUCGCAUCAACGGCAUUUGUUAUUGAGCAUAAAGAAGUCACAUGGAUUGGCUUACAAUCUACACUGCAGCCUUCUUCGCCAUAACAUUUAUGUUUCUCACAACAAUUAUCUCCAAGAUCAUUGCAAGAAUCAGAACCGUUCUACCUAGUCGCAAAGAAAAUAGAUCACCAUCUCGGCCAACACAAGUGGUGAGUGGAGCUCCUCUACUGGUGGCUCUGCUCACACUUGUGACGCCCAAAAAGGGUUUACAUGCUGCAAUCCAUUACCUACACAUGAAGAUGGGCAGUGUGUUCACGGUGAACCUUCUAGGGCUGAAGAAGGUGACGUUCUUGGUUGGGCCAGAGGUCACUCCUCAUUUCUUCAGAGCGUCACCCUCUGAGAUCGACUUCGGUGUUACGGCUAAGAUCAUUGUGCCCGUCCUUGGUCCUGGAGUUCUCUUUGGCGUGGACUUGGCUACAAGGAAUGAGCAGAUCCGAUUUUGUAUCAAGGCGAUAAAGCCGGCUAGGUUACAAAGAGAUGUGCAUUCCAUGGUUCGUGAACUGGAGUGCUACUUUUCAAAAUGGGAACAACAUGGGAUUGUUGAUCUAAAGCACGAGUUGGGGCAGCUGAUCGUGGUGAUCGCAAAUAGAUUCUUACUUGGCAACGAGAUCAAAGACAAGAACUUGGGAGAAGUGUCCACACUCCUCCAUGAAAUAUUUGAAAACAGCUUCCACAUGAUUAACUUCUUCUUCCCACACCUCCCAAUACAGUCACACCGUCGACGUGAUGAAGCACGUGCAAGGCUUGGAGAAAUACUCGGAGACAUAGUCAGAUCACGGAGAAGAAUUAUCUCAGCCCGAGUCAGGGAUGACCACGAUGAAGACGGUGAUGUGCUGCAAAGCUUCAUCGACUCCAAAUACAGCGAUGGCCGAUCCAUGACUGAGAGUGAGAUUGUUGGGCUGCUCAUCGGAAUCUUGUUCGCAGGACAGCACACGAGCAUGAGCACCAGCACUUGGACGGGAGCUUGCCUUCUGACCCAUGAAAAAUACUUGGCAGCUGCAGUGGAAGAGCAGAGGCAAAUCAUUGCGCAAAAUGGGGAACACAUGGACUACACCAUCUUGUCAAAGAUGGGCACCUUGCAUUGUUGCAUCAGAGAGGCACUGAGGCUCUACUCGCCAACGCCAAUGCUAGUCCGACAGUCACACAAGAGCUUCACCGUGAAAACUAGAGAAGGCAUUGAUUAUGAGAUCCCCAAAGGGCACACAUUGGCGUGCUCCGUAGCGCUUAGCAACAAGCUGCCUUACAUCUACAAGAACCCUGAUGUGUAUGAUCCGUGUCGGUUUGGUCCAGGAAGGGCCGAGGACAAAGCUGGCGGCAAGUUCUCAGACUUGUCGUUUGGUGCCGGGAGGUACUCCUGCUUGGGAAAGGACUAUGCUUUCAUGCAAAUCAAGGUGAUAUGGAGCUUUUUGCUAAGGAACUUUGAGCUGAAGUUGAUAUCCCCUUUCCCCGAGCAAGAGCAUGAGAAAAUAUUGCCAGGCCCUAGAGGAAGAGUAAUGGUUACUUAUACGAGAAGAUCACUAGUGACUUAGCAGGCAACUAAAUUAAUUAUGUAACAAAAGGUGUGGUAAUAUGUACUCAGUUAUAUAAAUAAGUGUAUUUUUAGGUUUUUUCCUAAGUUAAACUUUAUUAAGUUUUACCAAAUUUAUAGAAAAUUGUUGUAAUAUUUAAUAUUGGUGUGGUACUGUAGUUAAUAAUGAGAGCUAAGUUAUAACUUAGCUAAUAUACAUUCUUUCACGACAUCACCUCACGUCGUCCCCUCUAGGUGACUGCGCCUUCUUCAGGUCU